AUGACCACAGCACCAGAAACUGAGUCCAAGCCGGCGCCAUGGUAUGCCGCCUUCCCCGAGCCUCAAUCCGACCUGAUGAACAUCUCCCGCGCCGAAGUGCUAGAGAUGCUCAAGGGCUCAACGGGUGAAGCUAUCGGCAAGGACUUUGUGUUGGUCGAUUUGCGCAGGAACGAUUUCGAGGGCGGUACAAUCCGCGGCUCCCUCAACCUGCCCGCGCAAUCACUCUACCCAACUCUGCCCACAAUCUACGCCAUAUUCAAAGCCACCGGCCUGAAAAAAGUGAUUUUCUACUGCGGCUCUUCAACCGGUCGCGGCAGCCGGGGCGCUCGCUGGUUAUCUGAUUAUCUCCUGAAGGUGGGCGAUAGCUCUAUUCAGAGUUUGGCUCUGUUCGAGGGCAUCAAGGGGUGGGCGAACGCGGGGCCGGAGUAUGUUGAGUUCAUGGAUGGGUACGAUGCGUCGGUUUGGGAGAGGUUGAGGAGCCAGUGA